UAAGAUCAGUCGUUGGUGCCUAUGGAGUUGGCAGGGGCGGAGGUGUUACGGGAUCUUCUGGUGCUGGAGUUGGAAGCGGUGCCGGACUACUUGCCGGUGGUGCAGGUGGCGCCACAGGCAGUUUAGGCAGAACAAGUACGACAUUCACGUAUGGUGGCACGAGUGGCGUAAAUGCUGGCACACCUGGUGGCAUUGGAGGUGGCGUCGGCAGUGGCGUUGCAGGGAGCACCGGUUCAGCCGGUAUGUCCAUCGGUCCCGGCGUCGCUGGCGUUGGAGGAGGAGUAAGCACAGGCGGCAUUGCGUUUGGUGGGAGAGGUGGUGUUGGAGGUAGUACUGGAGGAAGCGGAAGACUUGGCGGCGUGUCCGGCAGCUCAGGUCGUCUUGGAGGCACUGCUGGAGGUGGUCACUUGUCGGGUGUUUCAGCUUCCGGAAGUGGUAAUUACGGGGCCAGAGUUAUUUCAAGCGCCUUGGGAUCUUCUGGCACUGGAGUUGGAAUUGGUGGCGGAUCAUUGAUAGGUGGGCCAGCUGGUUCAGGAAGUGCAGGUGGUGCAAGCGGUGCAGCCGGUGCGGGCGGUGCAGGUUCUGUCAGUGGAAGCAUGAGCGGCGGUGCAGGAGGAACGUCCAUUUUGUCGGGAAGCAUGGGUGCAGCCGGAGGCAGCUCUGGAAGAGUAGCUGGAGUCACGACGGGGGGCUCAAGUGGCGCUGGAGGUAGCGGUGCAGGAAGCGCAGGACUUGGUGGUACGUCCAGCGGCUCAGGUGCCGCCGGAGGAGGAUAUACCGUAACAACUACGACGUACACUAUACGCGGAACAGGUGGUACAAGUACUGGUGGUGCAAUUGGUAGUGCAACUGGCGGUGCAACUGGUGGUGCAGCUGGUGGCAUGGGCAGUGCCACUGGUGGAACCGGGGCAUCAAGUAGACUAUCCACCGGCGGCGCUGGCUUUGCUGGAGGUGUACAACCAGGCAGCAUAACUUUUGUUGGUCCGGUUCCUGGCGGCGGCUUUGGUGCCUCUGGUGCGGGUUCCACCGCUGGUGGGGUUCGCGGAAAUGUGGGAUCUGCUACGCUCGGUGGUUCGAGUUCCAUCGGCGGUACUUACGGCGCCAAUGGCAGACUAGUAACUACAACGACGUCGACUGGACCGAUUCCGGGCGGUGUUACCAUUACCACCAGCGGUGGGUCAGGGGGUGCAAGUUCUCUUGGCGGUUCUUAUGGCGGUGGCGCAUCAGGCAGUGGAGCAAUGGGUGCGACAGGUGUUCGCGUUAACGUCGGCGGUGACGGAGUGUCAGGUGGCACAAGUGGUCCAGGUGGCGCCAUACGUGGCGGCACUAGCGGUGGCGUUGGGGCAAGCGGAGGAAGCGGAGGAACAGCCGGUGCGUCCGGCAGUUCAGUUUUCGUCUCUGGCGUCCGUGGCGCUGGAAUGGGACCAGGAGGAGUUACUAUAGUGGUACCUGGUGGUGGAGGCCUUCCAACUGGUGGUGUAAUAACUAGCGGUGGCGCAGGAUCAAUUCGUGGCAAUCUUGGAGGUGGCAGCGGAGCAGGUGUUUUAGUUGGCGGUGGAGCUGGAGGUGGAGUUGGCGGUGCAGCUGGCAGUGGAGCUGGUCUUUCAGUUGGCGGUGGAGCAGGCAGUGGAGCUGGCGGUCUGGUUGGCAGUGCAGCUGGAGGCGGUGCAGCUGGGACUUCUGGUAGUCAUUUAGUAAUCGUCGGUACACCUGGUGGCACAGGAACCACUAAUUAUACUCUUCUACCAGGCAGCGGCGGAGUAACACUUCUGCCGGGUACUACAGGAGCUGCUGGGGGUCCCUUGGUAACCAUCAGUGGAGGAUCAGUCGGUGGGGUCACAGGGGCUGGAACUGGAACUGGCGGCGCCGGAGUUGGCACUGCAACUGGAGCUGGCAUCAUUAGGAGUGUACUCUCAGGUGUUACCGGUCUCACUGGACUGCCAGGAGUUGCUGGUGGCCCAUUAGUAACCGUCACUGGAGGGUCAUCUGGCGGGGCCACAGGGACUGUAGCUGGCGGUGCUGGAGCUGGCGCUGCUGCUGGUGCAGGUGCACGUGGUCCAGAAGCCCGGCGGUCUUAACCGCCCUCCUUGCUCGGUAGACCAGAGCUGGUCGGUCGAGACCGAGCUGGACAGCGCGGACUCCAAUAACCAAGACAAAAUAUGCAGUGGAUGAAAAGUGCACGACAUUAUCUGAAGCCUGUUGUGGGAUGCCUACCAUACUUACUCGAGAAAUAAAAGGACUGGAUACUGUUCGCCGGAACUGGCUAAUGGUUUUAAACUGUUGGCUGAAUAUUGGCAGUCCGCUCUCAUAACAUUGUAAUAAAACAUUACAUGUGUA